AUGGAUGGUGAAGUUGUAUCAAAGAUAAAAUGCAUGGCAUGUACAACCAAGAUCAUAACGAAGGCGAUGAUUUCAGAGUAUGGAGGAAUUUUUGAUUCGAUUGUAUCUUUGGUUGAUGUUGGGGGUGGGACUGGAGUUGCGGUGGCUGAGAUUGUGAAGGUGUAUACACAUAUCCAAGGAAAAAACUUUGAUUUGCCUCAUGUAGUUGCUACUGCACCAGUGUACAACGGAGUAACCCAUGUUGGGGGUGAUAUGUUCAAGGCCAUUCCUCAGGCUGAUGCGAUCCUGAUGAAGGUAAAGUCUCUCUCCUGA